AUGUGGCAGAUCGGCGCCAAGCCGCUGGGCGUUCUUAUGCUCGGCGCGGGCGUGGUCCAGCCCGCGACGCGCUUCGCGGCGCUCGCGGCCUGCUACUUCCUGAAGAUGAGCGACGCGGCGCGGAGCACGAUGAUCCUGCGGCAGGAGGUCCUGGGGAAGACGGCCCUGUCGGGCUUCUUCAUCCAGAUGUACUCCGUGGACCUCCUGGGAUUCGAGGCGCGCGCGCCGCCCGGCGGCGCGGCCGCCGCGGAGGUCGUCGUGCGCAUCGGCGGGGUAUUGUUGGCGGCGUUCCUCUGCUCCGUCGUCGGCAACAUGGUGAGCCUCUGGAGCAUCACGUGCCUGCGGCUCGAGGCCGAGGCCGCGAGGGAAGGAAGGGGCGUCGAGAAGCGGACGGCGGAGAAGCGCGCGCACCGCGGCCGCAAGCUCGCGCGGCGGGUUCGCCUGAUCGUCUCCGGCGCGUCGUUCGUCGCCUUCGGGGGCCUCUACGCCGUCGCGCUGUCGUCGCCGGUGGCGAGGGUGCACUACGACGGUUUCCUCGCGGAGUUCCUCGUCGACCAGCCAAAGUUCGGCGUCUACGGCGUCGAGCGCGCGUCGCCCGUCACGGUCGUCGACGUCUUCCGGAAUUUGGUGACCAAGGUCGCCCGGGACAAUAGUUCCUACCUGGCCUGGUGGCUCGCGGCGCUCUGCUUCCUGGCGAUGGGCGUCGGCGCGCCGCUCGCGGCCUUCGCGCUGUCCCACGCGGCGUUUCUGGCCACUGACCCGCACCGCGCGUCGCGGCGGCGGCGCGAGGCGCGCAUGGCCUUCGCCUGGUCGUCCAUCGAGCCCAUGACCCUGGCGUGCCUCGCGUUCACGCCCGCGCUCAGAUACAUCGCCGAGGACAAGUUCGACGCCAAGUUCGGGCUCGACGCCUGCGGGCCGGCCCGGGCGGGCAUCGACGAGCCGUGUUUGUUGAUGCACGCGGCCUACGGGCCGGGCAUCGCCGCCUUCGCGACGCUGUGGGCGCUGCUGCUCGGGACCGUGAUCGUGCUCCCGCGCCUCGGCGGCGCGCCCUACCCCGCGGCGUAA